CGUUGGCUGCAUGUGUGUGUUCUUCAAUAAGCGGGAAGACGAUAUUCAGAUCGAUGCGUAAUAAUCUUUGCGUAUAAUUACUUUAUUAGUAAUUAAAUAACAAUGUCUUCAGUAGAGUAUUUGAGAGAGUUUGUCAAAGAGAGACUAACUGCUGCUGCUGAAGAAAUAUUCGGAGUUUUUACAAAAACUAUCGUCGAGUACGAGGAAGAGAUCAACCGUCAGCGCAGACUGUUGGACGUCGUUUUGAAACCUGAAAUAAAGUUACACAGGAUAGAGCUCCCACAGCAAAAUGUGUGUAAGGAGGAGGAGGCUCUCACAGACCAGCAGCUCUGUAUUCAGGAGAGGAUCCCCAGUCUGGACCAAGAGGACCCAGAGCCCGCACAGAUUAAAGAGGAACAGGAGGAACUCUGCACCAGUCAGGAGGGAGAGCAGCUUGAACAGAAGGAGGAGGCUGAUACCUUUAUGUCAACUCCUACUCAUGAGGAAAGUGACCACGGUGAAGAUCAGACUCUGGACUCUGAUGAUACUUUUGGUGAAGCAGAGAAAGAGUCUGUAGCCAACAUGCCAGUUAUAAGUUCUGUGCUGUCAGAAGCACACAGUGACCACCAGGUCCUCUUUCACAAUCCUCAUGAGGCUGAGAGCAAAGAGCAGAAAGGAGGCAAGCAUGGAGACUCAGGACCAACUAGACAUGCAGAGGCAGAACUAAAGGAAAGACACCAUAAAAGCAGAAGUCACUGUAAUAUUCGCACAGGUAAAAAGUCUUUAAAAUGUGACACAUGUGGGAAAGAUUUCCAGUAUAAGUCAUCACUGGAGAGACACCUGAGAGUCCACACAAGUGAGAAGCUGUUUACGUGCAAACAAUGUGGGAGAGGUUUCAAGCAGAAUUCUCAGUUGACCGGCCACAUGAAAUGCCACUCAGGUGAGAAGCCAUACACUUGCAAAACAUGUGGAGAAAAUUUCAGAUUUAGUAAUGCCUAUUUGGCCCACAUGAGAACACACACAGGUGAGAAGUCUUAUACUUGUAAAAUCUGUGGAAAGGGUUUUGGACAAAGCAGUAGUUUGUUGGUCCACAUGAGAACACACACAGGUGAGAAGCCUUAUACUUGUAAAAUCUGUGGAAAGGGUUUUGGACAAAGCAGUAAUUUGUUGGUCCACAUGAGAACACACACAGGUGAGAAGCCUUAUACUUGUAAAAUCUGUGGAAAGGGUUUUGGACAAAGCAGUACUUUGUUGGUCCACAUGAGAACACACACAGGUGAGAAGCCUUAUACUUGUAAAAUCUGUGGAAAGGGUUUUGGACAAAGCAGUACUUUGUUGGUCCACAUGAGAACACACACAGGUGAGAAGCCUUAUACUUGUAAAAUCUGUGGAAAGGGUUUUGGACAAAGCAGUACUUUGUUGGUCCACAUGAGAACACACACAGGUGAGAAGCCUUAUACUUGUAAAAUCUGUGGAAAAGGUUUUGGAUGUAAUGGUAGUUUGUUGGUCCACGUGAGAACACACACAGGUGAGAAGCCUUUUACUUGUAAAAUCUGUGGAAAAGGUUUUGGAUGUAACGGUAAUUUUUUGGCUCACAUGAGAAUACACACAGGUGAGAAGCCAUAUACUUGUAAAACCUGUGGAAAGGGUUUUGUACAAAGCAGUAGUAUGUUGGCCCACAUGAGAACACACACAGGUGAGAAGCCUUACACUUGUAAAAUCUGUGGAAAAAGUUUUGGAUGUAACGGUAGUUUGUUGGUCCACAUGAGAUCACACACAGGUGAGAAGCCUUUUACUUGCAAAACCUGUGGAAAGGGUUUUGGACGUAACAAUAAUUUAAUGGCCCACAUGAGAUCACACACUGGUGAGAAGCCAUAUACUUGCGAAUCCUGUGGGAAAAUUUUCAGGUUUAAAAGUAGUUUGUUGGUCCACAGGAGAUUACACACUGGUGAGAAGCCAUAUACUUGCAACUCCUGUGGGAAAAGUUUCAGGUUUAAAAGUAGUUUGUUGGUCCACAUGAGAACACACACAGGUGAGAAGUCGUAGGCUUGCAAACCUGUGGGAAAAUAUUCUGUGUCAUGUCACAAUUGGAAAGACAUAUGACAAUCCACACAGGUGAGAAACCAUACACUUGUGAAAUAUGAGAGAAAAUAUUCAGGUAUAGUAGUAACUUUUGACAGUCCAAAAACUAAAGGGCAUAAAAAUGUGCACACAGACAAGUAAAUUUCUGUUGAAACCCACACAGGUAGGUUACCUGUUUCAAGUUCUACCCCUGCUAAUAUGUUUUAUUUAAAUUUAUACUGCAAAAACAUUUCAGUUAAGUGCAGAGACAAUAACCAAACUUUCCUCUUUAUAUUGGUGGAAGUAUGUAUUAAAAUAGAAGUGGUCUAACAAAAAUAUUAGGAACACAGUAAGUCAUGUUACUGUUCCUUCAUCAAGGUGUUUUUGUCUUCUUCAUGUGAUGAUAUUAAGUGUGAAAACACAUGGAAAAUGUGUGGUAAAUACUGUACAAAUAAUAAGAUUAAGGAAGUAUCUUUCAAGAAAUUACAAAGAAUUUACACAGUAAAGUUUGUGUUUGAAAGAUUCAGCCUGGAUUUUCAUUAUAAAUGUGAUUCCUGUGGACUGUAAAAAGAGAGUAUUUCUCUUUUCUUUUUUUUUCUUUUUUUGUUCUUGUGUAUAUAUACCAGAAUGUUUUGGACUGAUGCUGCCAUCUUCAUAAUAAAGACAUUUCAGAUAAAUGUUCAGAUAAA